AAAACAAAUCCACAUCUCAAAGCAACAGAACUGUUGCAAGCAAAAACCACAAGGGUUCAUUUUCUUUCUUUUCUAGCAGCGCAGGUGCUUCUGAAGCAGCUGCACGCUGUUCGUCGGCAGGAAACUGAGCUUGUAAAGAGCUUUUGCUGUCAAAGAUGAGUGACUCGCUGGAGAGGACCACAGACUGUCCCCUGUCACUACUUGGAGAUGGGUCCAGUGUGAACGAGGAGAAGGGGAUCGUAGCAGUUGCGAGUGAAUUACGUUGGGAAGAUGGAGGUCUGCCUGUGGAGCUGCAGAGAGGGAUGGAGACCCUACGAGUGAACAGAGAACUGACUGAUGUGACACUGUGUGUUCAGGGACACGACUUCCAUUGUCACAGAGCCAUUCUCGCCGCUGCCAGUCAGUACUUCAGGGCAAUGUUUUGCAGUGGUCUCAAGGAGAGUCAUGAGGAGCGAGUGGAAAUUAAAGGGCUGGACAGCGGGACAAUGCGCUCUCUCCUGGAGUAUACCUACACCAGCCGAGUCCUCCUCACACACUCAAAUGUCCAGAGAAUACUCGAGGCCGCCAGUCAGUUUCAGUUCCUCCGUGUGGUAGAUGCAUGUGCCGGCUUUCUGAGCAAGUCCAUGCAUCUAGAGACCUGCGUUGGGAUCCUGACUCUGGCUGACAGUCACGCCCUGCCAGCCUUGAGGACCAGGGCUCAGGACUACAUCACCACUCAGUUCUCCCAGGUGGUCCAGCAGCAGGACUUCCUGGAGCUGCCGGCCGAGUCUCUGGAGAUUGUCCUGCAGAGAGACGACCUUGAUGUCAAGUGUGAGGAGUGUGUCUUUGAAGCACUCAUGCGCUGGGUUAGAGCCCAGCAGGAUGAACGAUAUCCACUACUGGCCAGGUUGCUUUCGCAUGUGCGACUGCCGUUGCUGGAGCCAGCAUACUUUGUGGAAAAAGUGGAGUCGGAUGAGCUGAUACGCCGCUGCAGCGAAGCUUUUCCCUUGUUGCAAGAGGCCCGCACCUUCUACCUCUCUGGCAGGGAGGUGGUCUCUGAACGGACCAAACCACGUGUGCAGCACUUUCUGUCGGAGGUCUUCCUGAUCAUAGGAGGCUGCACUAAAGAUGAGCGCUUCGUUUCCACUGUCACCUGUUUGGACCCUCUCAGACGGAGCCGCCUGGAGGUCGCCAGGCUGCCGAUGACAGAGACAGAGGAUGAAUCGCAAAACAGAAAAUGGGUGGAAUUCGCUUGCAUCACCUUCCACAAUGAAGUGUAUAUAUCUGGAGGUAAAGAGACACAGCAUGACGUUUGGAAGUAUAAUGGCGCCCUGGACAAGUGGAUACAAACUGAACCUCUGUCAACUGGGCGCUGGAGACACAAAAUGGCAGUUCAUGGCGGGAAAGUGUACGCACUGGGUGGAUUUGAUGGAGUUCAGAGACUCACUAGCGUUGAGGCCUAUGAUCCUUUUCACAAUCGCUGGAUGCAGGUGACACCUCUUGCAAUAGGUGUGAGCUCCUUUGCUGCUGCAAGCUUUGACAGAUGGAUCUAUGUGAUUGGUGGUGGGCCAAAUGGAAAGCUGGCCACCGACAAGGUUCAAUGCUGGGAACCAGGAACAGAUUGCUGGCAACUGCGGGCGCCCAUUCCCAUUGAAACCAAAUGCACAAAUGCUGUUACCUUCAAAAAUUGCAUCUAUAUUGUUGGCGGUGCCAUGCAUGCCAUGUACUGCUACUCUCCUCUGUCAGACUCCUGGACCCUUGUGACCCGUCUGGGGGAAAGGGCAAGUUGCGCCAUCGCCGCCUGUAACAACAAACUUUUCAUCACUGGAGGAAGAGAUAACAAGAACCAAGUCAUUUCCACAGUGAUGUGCUGGGACGUUGACAGAGGGGUGUUGACAGAAGAGUGUGUUUUGCCGAUGGGAGUGUCGCACCACGGCAGCGUGACACUCAUGAAGUCCUACACACACAUACACAAAAUAGCACCCCCACCAGAGGGCCAGUGACACAGGCUUUCUGGAAAAGGACUUCACUGUUGCUGAGAAUGAGGCACGGAAAGUGAAGAUAUGUUAAAAGAGAAGUAAAAUGUAUUUGCACACAUCAUAAUGCUCUUUGUAAGGAGCAAAUGUAAGGAACUUUUGAAAACUUUAUUUUUAUCUGGGGUUGUGCUUUAUAUUUUGGAAAAAAUGCAUAAAUUGUUUUUUCUUUCUUUCCAUUUUGCUUUAGUGGAUAACUUCACGUUCUUAACUUACAAUACCACAGUCAAACAGUUAUGCCACAAUAAUUUAAAUAAAUAAACCUGAAUCAAAAUGAGUUCAGCAGUGUAAUGUCAUCAUACAGCAGCAACAGUUUAACCUUUCAUUUAAUAUGAAUUUAAAAAAAAAAAUCUGCUGCAGGUGCACCAGAUAAGCACUUUAUUACAAUUUAAUUAACGUGUAAAUUCUUGCCAUGUAAAGUCUAAACUGAUAAAUAUAAACUAUUAAAAAAAUCAAAUAAGGCUA